UGUUAUUUGACCCUUCUUGAAAGAUUGAAUCUUUCUCCCUGAUAUUUGCAGUGGAGUACUGAACAAUGCGAUUUGUAGUGACAGCUCUCUUAUACCGUGACCUUUUAGAUAUUAGUUGUGCAAGAAUGCAUCACUGUGUUUAGUUAAGUGGUCUGCAUUUUUCUUGAACCGAUAGGAUCGGAUCAUUCCAGAUCGGGAGAGUCGUUGAAACUAAUAGGAUGCAUACGAGGGCUUUGUGCUGUGUUUUGGUGGUAAUUUUCGCCACUUAUGUCGCAGCUAAAACAGCCGAAGAGUGGAAGAAUCGGAUUAUCUAUCAACUUUUAACUGAUCGCUUUGCCCAGUCUGGUGAGAUGCCUGCUAAGAAAUGCACAGAUAUGCGUGGAUGGUGUAACGGCACGUUCAAAGGAAUAGAGAAACACCUUGAUUAUAUAACGGGUCUUGGAGCAAAUGCUAUUUGGAUCUCACCCAUUGUGCUCAACACAGACCGAGGGUUUCACGGCUACUGGGCGAAGAAUAUCUACGAGAUCGAGCCGCACUUUGGAACCAAGCAAGACCUGAAGUCUCUAGUCAAAGCUUGUCAUGAUAGAGGGGUGUGGGUUAUGGUCGAUGUGGUAGCAAACCACAUGGGAUAUCCCCCGGGAGUCGAUUGGAGGACCCCCUGGAAUUCCUCCUUACUUGACAACUUCUACGAGUACUUUUAUCCGUUCAACAAGUCAGAAUAUUACCAUGCUAAUCACAAAUAUAUUAAAUGGCCAGAGGAGUGUCAUAAUCUCACUAAGAUUCAAAAGUACUGGCUGGCUAAUCUCGCGGACUUGGAUCAAAGCCAUCCUUUUGUUGAGAAGACCCUUCUUGAUUGGAUCAAGUGGCUGAUAACGGAGUAUGAUUUCGAUGGCUGCCGGGUGGACACUGUUAUUCAAGUACCAAAGCCCUUCUGGACCAAGUUUCAGUCAGCAGGAGGAGUUUUUAUGCUUGGGGAAGCAAACAACGGCCCACCACCAUGUGGAACUAUUAAUUUCACUGCACCAUUCCAGGGACCUCUUGAUUCGGUUCUGGACUUUCCGAUGUUUUGGACAUUGAGAUAUAUUUUCCAGGAAAAAACACAGAAUUUUACCUCUCUUAGUAAGGCGCUAAAAGAAUCUUCAAAAGCUUUCAAAGACAGGUCCAUUCUUGGUGGGUUUGUUGACAACCAUGAUCAUGAGAGAUUUCUACACAAGAACCCCAGCCAAACAAGUCUUCGCAAUAACCUUGUAUUUGUCCUGAUGUCUCGAUGGAUUCCCCUUAUCUACUACGGCACAGAGCAGGGAUUCAAUGGAGGAGGUGACCCAAACAAUAGGGAGUCCCUCUGGCCCUUCAUGGACAGAAAAAACUCACUCUAUGUUUUCAUCAAAGAUCUAAUAGCUUUUCGCAGUUCUUUGGGACAGCCAUGGAUCUCAAGCCCACAAAUUGAGCAACAUGUUGAGCCGGAAGUCUAUGCAUUCUCUAGGAGAAAAGUCCUUGUCAUUGUGACCACUAGAGUGACAACGGCAAGCACAACCCUGCAGUCUCACCCCUUUAAUGAGGGAGAAAAAGUUGUCAAUAUCCUAAACAUGACACAAACUUUCCUUGUUGAUGCUAAAGGAAGGCUUGAAGCUAAAAUGGUCUCUGGAGAGCCACUUGUGUUGACUCUAAAUGUCACGAGUUACAGCAGAUUUUUUUGUCCAUCCAUAAUUUUGAUAGUCACUUGUUGGAUGGUCUUACACAUGAUGUGAAGACAAAACUACACCUAAUUAAAAAAAAUGUCAGCACAAACAGCAGUUCCAGCAUUAAAGGUGCCAAUGGCUAGUAACUAUUUCCAAACACAAAGGUUAUAAAUAAACUUAAGCGAUGGCCUUAAAUGGACUAUUGAUAUAUUCUCCUGCAUUUGGUUAAAAAUGGUCAAUCAACCACUCUUUUGUUUUGUUUAUCAUUGAAAAUACGAUUCAUUUGCAAGAAAACUUUAAAAAUAACAAUCUACAAAUGAAGUCUGAUACCCUUUUUUGUUGAUAUUUAAAUAAAAAUAUCUUGGUUGCUUGCUUGAAUAAGCCGAUGCAAAUGGAUUCUUUGAGUCAAUCAACAUUGAGCGGGAGCAUAAAAUAGUACCUUUUGGACUUAAAACUUAAAUUUGCCAAUCCUUAUUUGCUGUAUGUGAUGACAUUUUUUUUAAACAUGUGCAUCUGUUUUUAAAACGAAUAAAAGCUAUCAAUCUGACAACGAGAACAUGCACAAAUUGGCUGUGAGUUCUUAAACUUACAUCUUGAGACUUCACACAACCAAGCAGAAAGUUCAUGGGUUUAUAAGAGUGAGCCUCAUUAAUGAAGUUUCUUGAGUUUAACUAAGGUUAUUAUUCUAGUGUAAACAUUUUUAAAACCCUACUUUUAGCAUGUACCACUUAGAAAAGAGAAAUCAUACUGUUCAAACCUGUAAAUACUCAAUUACAAUAACAGUAUCUUUGACAAGAAAGACACCUGGCACCACACAUUGCUACUUAGUAAAACAAGAUAUUAACAAAAGGUUUAAAAAGCUUUCAGUAUGGUCAGUAGCCAUUUUUCCCAUUAAAUAGACAUAAUUUAACACAAUUUUAUGUUCUGAAUUGUUAUACUAAAAAUAAAUGUAAUUAAACGAAAGCUAGUCCCAUGUGUAGGCACUAAUUGAUAUGUUUGUACUUAAAAUGCAAUAAAACAAACUUUCAGUUCAA